CUCCCCGCCGCCUCCGCCCAGCCCGGGGGGGGGGAGCCCCGGGGGCCCGGCGGACACCGGCAGCACCGGGCCCUCGCCAUGAUCUGCGGGCGGAGGGCGCGUCCCGGCCCCGAGCAGCCCCGGCCCCCCCCGGACGGGGCCGGUGGCCCCCGGCGAGCCGGCAGAGCCUUCAGGAAGAUGGGGCUGACGGAGGACGAGGACAUCCAGCUGAUGCUGCGGGGCUCGCUGCUGCGCAAGGUGAAGGCGCGGCGGGCGAAGGAGCGGCUGUACCGCCUGCAGGAGGACGGCAUGACCGUCUGGUUCGAGCGGCGCUUCAGGCGCGCCCCCUCCAAGCAGAUCUUCUCCGUGAUGCACAUCGAGGGCGUGCGCCAGGGCCACCAGUCGGAGGGGCUGCGCAAGUACGGCGGCUCCUUCCCCGAGCGGCACUGCUUCACCAUCGUCUUCAAGGGCAAGCGCAAGAACCUCGACCUGGCGGCGCGGGGCGAGGAGGACGCCCAGCACUGGGUGCAGGGGCUCACCAAGCUGAUGGCGCGGCUGCAGGCCAUGAACCAGCGGGAGAAGCUCGACCACUGGAUCCACGGCAUCCUGCAGCGAGCCGACAAGAACAAGGACAACAAGAUGUGCUUCCAGGAGGUGAAGAGCAUGCUGCGGAUGAUCAACAUCGACAUGAACGACAUCUACGCCUACAAGCUCUUCAAGGAGUGUGACCGCUCGGGUGACGAGCGGCUGGAGGGCCGGGAGCUGGAGGAGUUCUGCCGGCGGCUGCUGCGGCGGCCGGAGCUGGAGGAGCUUUUCGGGCACUACUCGGGCGAGGACUGCGUGCUGUCGGCCGAGGAGCUGCGCGAGUUCCUGCGUGACCAGGGCGAGGAGGCCACCCUGCGCCAGGCCCGCGCCAUCAUCCACGCCCACGAGCUCAACGAGAAGGCCAGGCAGCAGGACCUGAUGAUGCUGGAUGGCUUCAUGAUGUACCUGCUCUCGGCCGCCGGUGACAUCCUCAACCAGGAGCACACCAAGGUGCACCAGGACAUGAGCCAGCCCCUGUGCCACUACUUCAUCUCCUCCUCCCACAACACCUACCUGACCCACAACCAGAUCGGCGGCACCAGCAGCACCGAAGCCUACGUCAGGGCGCUGAUGACGGGCUGCCGCUGCGUGGAGCUGGACUGCUGGGAAGGUGCCGACGGGGAGCCCGUCAUCUACCACGGCCACACGCUCACCUCCAAAAUCCUCUUCCGCGAUGUCAUCGAGAGCAUCCGCGAUUACGCCUUCAAGCGAUCGCCCUACCCCGUCAUCCUCUCCCUGGAGAACCACUGCGGGCUGGAGCAGCAGGCCACCAUGGCGCGGCACAUGAAGGCCAUCCUCGGGGACAUGCUGCUGACGCAGCCGCUGGACGGGCAGGACCCCGACAACCUCCCGUCCCCGGAGCAGCUGAAGGGGAAGGUCCUGGUGAAGGGCAAGAAGCUGCCGGAGCCGUGGGAGGAGGAAGAGGAGGAGAAGAAAGAAGAGGAGGAGGAAGUGGAGGAAGAAGAGGAGGAGGAGGAGAGGCUGCAGGAGAGAAGCAGCCAGCGGUCGCUGCAGGAGAUCCAACCGCUGCAGGCCAAGGACGCGUCGCAGGUGGCCCCAGAGCUGUCGGCGGUGGUGGUGUACUGCCAGGCCGUGCCCUUCCCCGGCCUGGCCCAGGCCCUGCAACACCCCCGGCCCUGCGAGAUGUCCUCCUUCAGCGAGAGGAAGGCCCGGAGGCUCAUCAAGGAGGCGGGCCCGGCGUUCGUGCGCUACAACGCCCGGCAGCUCAGCCGCGUCUACCCGCUGGGGCUGAAGAUGAACUCCUCCAACUACAACCCCCAGGAGAUGUGGAACGCCGGCUGCCAGCUGGUGGCCCUCAACUUCCAGACGCCGGGCUACGAGAUGGACCUGAACGCCGGGCGCUUCCUGGGCAAUGGGUGCUGUGGCUACGUGCUGAAGCCCCCCUUCCUGCGCAGCCCCCACGUCGAGGGCCCCCGCUGCCUCGUGCUGCACAUCAGGGUCAUCACGGCCCAGCAGCUGCCCAAGCUGAACCAGGAGAAGCGCAGCUCCAUCGUGGACCCCUUCGUGCGGGUGGAGAUCCACGGUGUGCCGGCCGACUGCAGCAAGCAGCAAACCGGCUACAGGAGCAACAACGGCUUCAACCCGCGCUGGGAGGAGACGCUGAGCUUCCAGCUGCAGGCGCCCGAGCUGGCGCUGGUGCGCUUCGUGGUGGAGGACCACGACAGCACCUCCUGCAACGACUUUGUGGGGCAGUUCACCCUGCCCCUGGCCAGCAUGCGGGAAGGGUAUCGCCACAUCCACCUGCUCUCCAAGGACGGGGCGUCCCUGUCCCCCGCCACGCUCUUCGUGCACGUUAAAUGCAAGCGCCUGUGAGGUCCCCGUGGCUGCGGUGAGGGGGGACGCCGCGUCCCCAGCCCGUGCUGCACGUGGGGUCGGGGUGCCCCUGUGUGGGGCUGGGCACCCGCCCGCGCUGUGGAUGCCCCGUUCCCUGCACAGGGCGCGGAGAUGGGCUGGGGACACCGCUCGCUCGUGUGGGGGACAGGGUGCCAGCUGGGCAGGGUGCCAGCAGGGCGGGUUGGGGUCCCUGUGGGAUUCGGGGACCCUGUCUGGGUCCCACGGUGCCACCCCAUCUGCACACCCCGCUCUUCCCGUCACGGGGACAGGGACACUGUGACAGCCAGGACAGGGUGGCCAGGCCACCACCAGCCCAGCACGGCUCUGGGGGCACGAUGAGUGACAGCAACCCCCCCGCAAACAUCACCAGCCCCAGCCACGCUUGAUCCUGGCCCCUUGGGCUGCGGGGGUGGUGCCUGCCACCACGAGGUCCCCAAGGGGACCCUGCCACUGCCACCACAGCCGUGGUACUGAGCCUCCGCUUGGCUCAGCGACGAACGCAGGGCCGGCUGCGUUCGGAUCUGUGCUCGAGUACUGGCGAUGGGCAAAGAUCAAGACCCGGCUGUCAAGCGAGUCGAAUAAAGGUUUAUUUUAACAGA